AUGUCGAGUGAAGGCGAGUCGAACGGCUUCACCUACACCUCCAGUGGUGGUGACUCCUUGGACGACACAGAAUACGAGCUAGAAGGGAAGACCCUGACGUUCCAGGAGAAGCGAAGGCGGUGCUUGCCUGUUUGCUGCAGCGGGGAGCGCGUGGCUCAUUGCUGCUAUGUCUGCCAGUUUCUGCUCUUCUUGCUGGUGUUUCCUCUUUGGGCCAAAUGGCUGCUGGUGAAUCCCAUGCCCAGGCGGUACUGGCACUCCAACUACGCACCCUUCCCGAUGGUGCAGUAUGAUUUUGACAGCCAAGAAGUGCUGAACGAGCAGAUGGACCCCAAGAUACAAAUGAGCGAGAUCCCAGAGGAUCCAGGACGAUGCAACUACAGCUGCUCCGAAUGGCGGGGCUACCGUACCGAGGAGAUGAACUUCCGGGUCAGCGUCAUGCUGAACGACUCGGCGCUCAUGAAGGAUCAUGCCCACACCGUGUACCCGGUUCUUCUGGCGUCCGCCGACUUUCAGGAUUGGUGGGUUGUCGGGGACAAGCGCUUCGCGCAUCCAACUCCCUUCUGGAGUAAGCACACAGAAAGAAGAGGUGUCACAUACGUCAAAGCAACGUCUGCGUGCACAAAUCCGCCGCCAGCGGGGGCCAUGCCGAAGGGGCUCAGUGGGGCCUACGUCAUGGCCUGCAUUACCUGGAGAUCAGCAAAUCUCGACGAGCUGUCGGCUGCCACGACGGUGACGGACGCUCAAAUUGCGCAGCUAUGUGAAGCUGUCGGCGGGGUCUGCGGCUGGAGUUGCGGCUCCAAGCAUUCGCCGUUGAUGCUGCGGGGCUGUGAUGACAACGGCAAGAUCGAGGUCACCAAGACAAUGUUUGCCGGCAAGAACUUUCACAAUGCCAACUUUCAGGGUAAAGUCUCCAUCCGGCAGUGUCCCGAGGUAGACGAGGAUGGACACUGCGUCACUAGCGAAGCCGUCUUCUCACAUUGGCGGUGCCACAACUGCAAGUACAACCCCAACGAGAUCGAGGAGGAUUCCUUCCGCCGUCUGCAGAUCAUCCCUGGCCUCCCCGAUUUUCCGGGAGGGGGCCUGCCAGGCAUGCCAGGCAUCGGCGGCAUUGGAGGAGGCGGGAUCCCCAUCGAUGGGGACGUCCCUGCCGGGCUGCCAGGAGGCUCCGGGCUCCCCUCCGAUGGGGAGGAUGCCAAGAGCUCCUACAUCUACACCUCCUUGCCGAAACUCGAGGUGUCCGUGACGGGGCUAGGCCCGCCGGAUGAUGACAACAUCCUGUCGCAGCCGGGCGUCGUCAUCUUCGAGUCUUCGGAGACGACUCCAAACAGCUGGCAACCUCUCUACAGGGAGGCUUACAUUAAAACGCGGCCUCCGAUUGCAGUGGACCCUUCUGGGCAGCCUAUCACAGGUCCGGUGGACGAAGACGAGGAGGAGGACUACGAGGAGAAGGGUCCCCAGCAGGGUGCCUUCAGCCGGCAUCGAAUGCAUCUGAGCCAGGGCAACAGGCUCACCAUGGAGCCCAAGUGGUGCUUCGGGAAGCAGGGCCCCCUCUACCUGGUCGCUUGCGCGGUGAAUGGCUCCAUCUAUGGAGAGCAGGGCUUCAAGGGCUUCACCGCCGGUCAGAAAGCCGCGCCGCCUCCCUUCAAUGAUCGGUGCCUCGAAGUCUCAGGGCGCUGCGCCCAUGCAUGCAUGAGCCAUCAGGAGCCCAUGGCAAAUUGCAGUGCCGAUGGACGCAUCCUCCAGUCCUCCCUGGUAAGCCAUGUCAAGUGGGAAACGGCGGACACCAUGCCUGUCUUCGUCCUGUGUAUUCUCUUGCUGGUCUGCUUCGCCAUCAAGGUGCUGGCGCUGUGCCCCGGCAUCUUUUGGCCCUACCGGCACUACCGGAGGUAUGACCCCGAGCUGACUGAGCAUCUCCGCUUCAUCAACGUCUGCGUCCCGAGCGAGGGCGAGAACAAAGCCGUGACUUUGAGGAGCCUUAUUGGCGCCAUUGGAUGCAUUCCGAAGGAGUGUUCCUGCCGCUUCCACAUCACGCUCGUGGAUGACGAGCACCGGCUGGAGAUGAUGCAAAUGUUUCUGCUGCUCACAAAGGUCGUGGAAGCGAUUCCAGGCUACGACUCCGUCGUCCUGAAUGAGAACGUGCGAGAGUUCUUCCUCGUGUGGGUGGAGAGCACGAAGAAGAUUGACAUCAGCCAACUGCGGGAGAACGCCCUGACGGGGCUGGAGAAGGAGACUGCAGAGUGGCUGAGUGGGCUCAGUACCUACCAGACCCUGCGGGAAAACAGCUGGGCCACGCUGGAUGCACGGACCGUGGCCCCCCUCGAGGCAGCCGUGACGGCGCUGAAUGAGGCGCUGCUAUCCUCUGACACCGAUGUCUUCACCAUGCAACGAGACACGGCCGCGCUGCUGCAGUGGCGAUGCCAAGCAUUUCAAUUUUGUGGUGAUGUUGUUGAUGAUGCGCGGUAUGCCGCUUCUGCUGCUGCUUCUUAUGAUGAUGAGAAUCACCUCUACGAUUUUGCGACGUAUAGGUUGCCGUUUCCAGGGAAUGCCAAAUUCGCCGUUGUGCUGCAAGCCGGCGUACCAAGUAAGUAUAUGGCUCUCCAAGAUGAUAAGGGGGUCUUCAAAAGUAUUUGGUCGCUGCUUGCAUAA